CGCGGCUCGUGGUCGGGCUGGCGUACGAGCGGAAGAAGAAGCGGAUGCCGCUCGCAGAGGCGCUGCCGCGGCUGGAGGCGCUAGUCGAAGCGGCGGGGGAGGUGGAGGAGACGGCUGGGGCCGAGGAGCGCCUGUGUGACCUCUGCUGGGACGCGCCGCGCUCGGUCCGCUUCACGUGCGGCCACGCGCUGUACUGCGAGGCGUGUGUGCCGCGCGUGCUGGAGCGCGACGGCAACUGCCCGGCCUGCCGCCAGCCGGCGCUGCCCAUCGCCGCAAUUGGGCGGCUGGUGGCGGAGCAGGCGACGUUUGUCCACCAGCCGCCCUCGCGCCCCGCGCCCCAGGCUCAGCCCGUGGGCGCCACGGCGACGGUCGGUGGGCGAGGGGGGCGAGGGGGGCGUGGACGUGGCGGGCGGGGUGGGCGGGGUGCGGGGCGCGGCGGCUCUGCUUAG